UCUACGUUUGGCUUGGAUCCGAUGGAACCUAGUCGACGCUUCCGGCGGCUCAGGAAGGCCUCCGAUCUCUCUUCUACCGCCGCCUCCUCAUACUCCAAACCACUGACGCAUAGGACCAACAACAGCGAGGAUGUCAGAAUCAGCAGCUUACCUGACGAGAUGCUAAUCCUGAUCCUCGACAAGCUAGACGCACGCACAACAACAACCACCACCAUCCUUUCCAAGCGAUGGCUGGAUCUUCCUCGGCGAUCACACACCUCUUACGACAUCUCCGUCCAUGAACUCCUCCCUCCACGCUACCACAGGCUGAAACAGGCCAUGACGGAGCUCAAGGCAGGGUACGAAGCAGAGAAGAACUCGCAUCACCUGACCGAUUACGUCGCCGUCAGGGAGCGAUACGAGCGGUGGAUGAAGAGGGUGGAUCUCCUCUCGCCGAUCCUGCGGCGCUACGAGCGCCGCGCCAUGCUGUGCUACGUCAAACGGGUGAAUGCGUUCCUUCUUGGAGGAGCUCCCAAGAGAGGCAGCAGGAUUGUGCAGCGGUGCUACGUUAAACGGGUGAAUGCGUUCCUUCUUGGAGCUCCCAAGAAACAUAGGCCUGUCCAGAAGCUGAGGCUUCAGUCCUUGAAGACGAGCAGGACUAACAUCGACCAAUGGGUUGCCGCGGCGAUCGCCGGAUGCGGCGUCGAGGAGCGAGAGCUUGACUUUGGAGACUUUGGCUGUCCCUAUGACUUCCGGCUUCUGGAUGGACUGCAGGAUCUGCGGCUGAAGCGGCUUGUGCUGUCCAGUUGGUUUCAUCAUCUUGCGCCCGGCUCUUCUGUUUUUCAGGGACUCACACAACUCACUCUGUACAGAAUGUCAGACCUCCGAAGCGUUUGUGAUGUUGUGGCUAACUGUGUCCGGCUGGUGGAUUUAAGGCUCAGACAUUCUUGUGUCGACGAUGCCUGUUUCCGAAUCGAUGCCCCGGCUUCAAAGUUGAAGAAGCUGCAGCUCGACAGGUGCAAGAUACGGAAAAUCUACCUGCAUUCGCUGCCUUGCCUCGAAACUUUUGCUUUUCGGGGUGAGCCGGCCAAACUGUACUAUGUCGAGGUGCCUCGACUUAGGCGUGUGAGUUUGAACUUCUUGCAAGAAAUUGGAGAUGAUAAUGGCAGCAAAGACGGUUCCUCUUCUAGCAGCAGCAGCAGCAUGACAUAUCCACUGAGCAAAUUCUUGAAAGGCUGGAUUCCACCGUUGGAGUACCUUGUUCUGCAACUAAAAGGGUCCCAGGUGUGGAUCGAACCGAUCGCCUUUCCCGGCCUGUUGGGUCAUCUCAGGAAGCUGUUCGUGGCCAACGUGCCAACAAGUUGGGACGUAUUCUGGAUUUUCAGCUUGCUCGAUGCCGCGCCUGCUUUGGAGUCGCUCCAUCUCCAUAUUGACAAGAGCAGCUCGGCAGAGGAGACGAGUGCUGUUGUGCUAGAUGUGGAAAUGGAGCAUCGUGAGUACCAUCGCCUCAAGGAACUGGUGGUCGUCGGCUUCGAUGGCGCAGGCUGGCAGACAGGGUUCGUGAAGCGGAUCAUGAGGGAUGCUGAGGCGCGUCCAUCUGCUCGACGGGCGUCUCGUCGAAGACGACGACGAGCUUGGUGACCUUGAAGUAGUGCCACGACGGCGGGCGUGGCACGAAUGUGAGAGGUCGGAGGUGCUUGAUGACCUUGCUGAUGGGUUUCCCUCGCAACGUCUAGAAAUAGUUCUAGAGCGAAGCCACGUCACUUGUUUUCACACGGAGGGAAUACAAAAUAUCUGGACGUAGAUUAUGCUGGCAUAAUAAAAUGCAAAACAUGUAUAGAUCGAUAUAUUAUUCUUCACUUGUACUCCCUACGUCCCAUAACAUGAGACACAUUGGAUAUCAGGUGGCCUGAACUGUUUUCAUUUGCUGUGAAGAGUGAUUUGUCGGUUGCUGAUAUGCAUUUCAGUACUGAUAUGAUCACCCUCUUUCACUUGCCUCUUUCACAAGUGGCCUUUGAGCAGUUUCAAGAGAUGUUGCUUCUGGUUGAUAACCUGGUUCUUGAUCACCUGAACGAUACAUGGGUUUCUGCUGGAGCAUGGCAUGGCUUCUCUGCAAUUCGUCUUUACAAUGUUCUCAUUGAUCACAUUGAGAUUCAUGCGGCUUUCAGCUGGAUCUGGGGCUCCUGUUGCCAGUACAAGCAUAAGAUUUUCUGUUGGCUCCUCAUUAUUGAUGGACUUAAUACCAGGGCAAUGCUUGAAAGGAAAUCAUUUCAUCUGCCAUCAUUUGUCUGUGUCCUCUGCAGCCGCAAUGAGGUGGAAUCUAGAGAUCAUUUUUUUUCCAUUGCCCGUUUGCUUUGGCCUGCUAGAGAUAUCUUUGCCCCUCCUUUUCACCUCGGCUGAAUGUUCUUCAUAACCUGACGGCCCUAAGAAGAUUGCUCCCUAAACAAUUCAGCAUGGAGAUCACUGCUUUGGUUUGUUGGAGCAUCUGGAGGAUCCGAAAUGAUUUUAUUUUCAAUAAUGUGCUGCCUUCACUUUAUAGAUGUAGGAAGAUCUUUCGGGAGGAGAUGAAUCUUGUUUUUCAUAGAGCCAAGAGGAAAAACUCUGAGGCCUUGAGAGAUUGGUUGCUAGC